AUGGAUCGACAGCACUAUACUAAUAGCGAUGAUGAGGAGGCAAACGCCUCAACACGCACAGCUACGAUCGAGAUACUAGAUGAAUCGCAUCAAAAGGCCGUUAGGCUGGCUAUAUCAAAUAUCCUCAAUACCGAGAUCGCUGAAUCGACCUAUGCACAGAUCAUCGAUGGCCUACCUCUCAUAGACGUAUUUAGGGAUGCUUACGGCGACCUGCUAUGUGAUGAUCAUCCGAUUUUCGCCCAUACCGGACUCAGCGCCGGGAUUCUUGAGACCACCCGCAGGUUCCGCACCGGCUUUGAUCCUGGAACCCUACAAUUCGAUUCCACGCUCUUAGAUGAUUUUUCAAGAGCCUCUCCAGGGUCUAGAGCUUUCAAGACUCGGCUCAUCGAGAUCAUGGCACGCUCCCUCCACCAGGUGGCCGUGAUUCUUUACAACAACAACCCUGAUCUCUCAAUAUCGACCUCUUCAUCAGUAAAGGACGUCCACACCUGGGAGCCGCCGAAGGACGCAGACGACCUAGAUGGCCGUUGGGAGGUGUGGUGGCAAUUUAACCCCCACGGGCCACCUCCUACUCUUUUCCGGCACUUGUGGUACAUCGACGUGGAAAAUUACCCCGAAGGCGCGGCAGACAUGGCAGGGUACUGGGCAGAGUCCCGCAUCCUUGGCGGCGUGGUUCUUUUUGACCGCGCGGCACAGGCGCGUGGGGAGUCAGAUGCUGUCUACCUGCAUCCUGAUCGUGAUCAGGUCACAUAUCGGAUCUGCCUGUUGACGGAUUUGCAGAAGAAGGCCAUGAUGGACUUUUUCCAAACCAAGGAAGCCAGCAACGAAUUUGCAUGUCCGCUGCCUGUCCUGCCAGAUGAGACGAACACUCAACGUGUCGACCCCGAGGAACCAAUACGCGUGACGGGUGUGUACCGCGAUGCCUGGGAGCGGGUGACGCCCCCACCAGAGUGGAUGGGAGAUGGGAGAGCACACUGUAUGUGGAACCCGCUCGACUUCCCGACCAAGAACGACCACCAAGAGGCAUUGUCGCGGUGGAGAACGCGGACCGAGAGAUGCUUGAUCAACGAUACCUUCCCCUUUGCGAUACCCUUCAGCAUGAACUCGGAGAUGGUCGGUGACAACAUUGAGCAGCUGCAGAAAAUCGGAAUGAUGGAGACACCCACUUGCAUAUUGGGUAACACGGAGAAUCUGCCCCUCAGUCUUCGAAGCCAAUGA